AUGAUGUGCCUCUUUUUGUGUUUUUGGAAAACCGACCGACGUCUUCAGAGAUGGCCGUGCGCGGGAUCAGACCUCUAUGGCGAAAAGCAAUGUUAUGGUAAAAGCCAAAGAGUGACUUCUAUCUACUUGAAAGUGUAUUUGACCUAUUACAUGCAUGUUCAUGGCCUUAAUUUGUUGGAUUACGAUACCCUACCAACUUCGGUUUUCGUUCUUCCCCUUGAAAAUGAUUCAAGAAACUACACAUUUGCUCUAAAUCUACCGUCUAAUUCCGAAGAUAUUUACUUUCGUCUUUCUGGUCCUGCCGAUUACUCUUGGGUUGCCGUCGGAACCGGAUCUGAAAUGAAAGAUUCUCUGAUGUUUCUCCUUUAUGCGGAUGCUGAAGGAACGGGUACUACACUCAGUCCUAGGCUGUGUACCGACGAAACCGAGCCCGUCUACUCGUCGUCUCUCGAAGUGGAAACAUUGCCUGGAACUGGAUUGUCAGGUAACAACAUGGUCGUCAACGCUCGCUGCUCAAACUGUCGUACAUGGAAAACCGGAUCUUUAGACGUGAAUAACACCGCGCUCCCAUGGAUUUAUGCUCUUGGGCCAACCGUUGGAGCGACGGCAAAACUUCGGAGUGAUUCACUAUCCGCUAAUCUUGAACGGCAUUCAUUUUAUGGGCAAUUUUUCAUGAAUAUGAUCCAGGCAACUGGUGGCGAGAAUGGCAGUAUCAUCUCGACACUAGCUCUCACAGCAUCGACCGGCACUGGGAAAGACGGAAGUCCCACAAAUGAUAGCAAUUGGCCGACAAUAAUCCAUGCUAUUGCCUUAUGCACAACAUUCGUCCUUUUAAUGCCCGCUGGAGUUGUACAAUUGCGUGUUCUACCGGCGAGCGUACGUUGGCACUGGGUGAAUCAAUCUUUAGCGACAAUUUUAGCAGGCAUUGGCGGCGUCAUUGGUCUGUGGCUUAGCACUAUGUUCAACAAAUCAAAGCACUACAACUCAGCCCAUCAGGUGCUAGGGCUAAUUUGCAUUAUUGCAGUGCUUUUCCAAUGGGGGUUUGGAUUCUGGCAUCAUUUUCAAUACAAACGUACUGGAAAAUCUACUCGAUAUGGUGUUAUUCAUCGAUACUUAGGUCGCGUUGUUAUGGUUCUGGCAAUAGUUGUUGGGGGUAUAGGCUUGACAUGGUGUUAUGCGUCUAUAGGUGUGGUGGUUUCCUAUGCGGUUAUCGUUGUGGUCAUAUCUGGCAUUGUCGUCGGAUCUGUCAUGUGGAAGAAAUAUGCUUCUUCGCAACAUGGUCGAAAGAAUAGAUCGGGUGAAGAAGCAGCAUUCACACCCGACAGACGGAUGUACUCUCGUCAAGUCGACUCCGAAACCCCCUUGUACAACUAUCCUACACAACAUGGUAUCGGAGGAUAA